AUGUCGCUCAUCACCUCCACCGGCAUCGUGCACCUGCUGUAUGCACAUCUAUUCAUCGCAAUAUUGCUCGGGAUAGCGAUACAUGACUACAUCCUCUCUCUACGCAUGCCUCCGGGUCCUCGUCCUCUCCCCUUCGUCGGCAACAGAAUCUCCAUCCCCAAAAAAUCACCAUGGAUCCAAUUUGAGAAAUGGUCCCAAAUCUACGGACCAAUCUAUACCCUCUGGAUGGGCCGAAGACCAACAAUAAUCAUUUCCGAUCCCAACGUGGCGGUGGACUUGCUCGAGAAAAGAAGCAACAAAUACAGUUCUAGACCUCGAUUUGUGGUCAUGGGUGAAUUGUACUGGGAUAAUGCGAGCAUACUCGUGCAACCCUAUAGUCGAGAAUGGCAACUUCGACGAAAACUUUUGCAUCAGGCGCUUAAUCCUCAGGCUUUGAAGGUGUAUAAACCUAUCCAAGAAGCGGAGGCGACGAGGCUUUGUCAUCAGCUCUUUCUGAACCCGGCGGCGUAUGAAGGGUUGAUUGAUCGGUUCACGUCUAGUGUGGUUUUUAGUAUUUCGUAUGGGCAUCGGAUUGACUCGAUGAAUGCGAAGGUUAUUCGUCAACGCUUGGAGUUCAUGCAGUAUGCUGCUUCGUUGAAUGUGCCGGGGAAAUAUCUUGUUGAAAGUAUACCUGCUCUGAAGUAUCUUCCAAACUGGUUAGCGCCAUGGAAGAGGGAAAUUCAAGAAAGGGGACGACUUGAAGCUGCGACAAACAUGUCCCUUGUCCAUCAAAUGCAAGAGGAGAUGUUUAUCAAGGCAGAUAUUCCAGAGUCCCUCACAAAGAUCCUCUUACACGCAAAAGAGGAGGAUCCCGAGUCGUUCAGUCUACUGAGUGAGAGAGAUUUCUCAUUCAUCCCAGCAUCACUCUUCGGCGCUGGUAGUGAUACAACAGCCAGCACCUUGUGCAGUGGUAUCCUAAUGCUAAUCACAAACCCGGAGACUUUACAAGCAGCGCACGCAGAGCUAGAUGCAGUUGUUGGGACCGAUCGAAUGCCAACUUUUGAAGACGAAAAAUCUCUCUCGUAUAUCAACGCAAUGUGCUCGGAAAUCCUUCGUAUUCGUCCCGUUGCCGUCUUGGGUGGUACUCCGCAUGCGAAUUCCGAGUCGGAUGUUUAUCAAGGAUACUGUAUCCCUAAAGGAACGACCAUCCUCUCCAAUUCAUGGGCUAUCAAUCUAAAUCCUCGCUAUUAUCCCAAUCCGCAUCAUUUCAACCCAUUGCGAUUUCUGCCGAAUAAUAUUCCCUCAAAUUCAUUACCCUAUCUUCCCAAGGAAUAUGUAGAGACAACACCCUCUGAAAAAGGAGAACCGCAUCCGUCGCGCGACGGACAUAGUUCAUUCGGAUGGGGUCGUCGAAUCUGCCCUGGAGCCGGUCUGGCGAGAAAUUCACUAUUUAUUGCUAUUGCCAAGAUGUUAUGGACAUUUGAUAUUCUGCCUGUUACGGAGAAGGAUGGGUCAGCGAGAAAGUAUGAUACGUUCGCGUAUACGGAAGGGUUCAAUGUCCGACCAAAACCUUUUGAGUGUAUUAUCAAAGUGAGGAGUGAGAAGCAUGCGACUGUUUUGGAGAGGGAGUUUGUUGAGGCGGAGAGGACGAUGGGGAAGUUCAGUGCGUUUUCUGAGUAG